GCGCAGCUGCCCCUAAUACGUCACUGCGGUCGUGCGUCGUCUGCUAACAAAACGAAAAAUCGAUGGAGGGCACUGGCCAGCUGCUCGCGUGCCGAGCGGAGCGUAAGCCCGGUGGCCGUCGGAGUUCGCAUUCGUAGGCCUCUAGGCGUAACCACUGUAGCUUGCCGCCAGCCGCGUCGCUACGAUUUAUAUCCUUUGUUUUUUGCCGACAAGCGGCGACAAAACGACAGAUGCGGCGACACCACAGCGGGCAAGUCAGGCACCUCUGAUAACGCCGCGGUGAUGGUACUACGCAAGUCGGAGUACCGCAAGAACUUCAAGUGGAUCUCCAGCGAAAAGCGGCACGCCCUGUGGCUGGAGAACGCGCUGUACCGCCAGGACCGACGUCUGCGGGAGUUCGGACACCAGCCGCUCGGAUGGGACUCCGACCCCGACGAUGUUCCCGACUCCGAGUCCGAAGACUGCGGCCUUCCGCCGACGAAAUUGAGGCAGCGAAGGCUCCAAUUGCUGGAGAUCGCGAGCGAACGAGAGACGCCACCGCCUCAGCGUCGGAGACGCCAGCCGCCCGAGCAAUCGCAUCGGCGACCGGGCACGUUCGUCGGCGGCGACCAAAACUCCGCGGCGUCGAGUAGGACCUCGCCAGACAGCGACAGGAGACCGCAGGAAGUCUUCACGAGAAAUACUGCGACGCAGACCGAGUGGGACUGCGGACGCGAGAGGGGGCCCUACGUAACUGACGGAGGAAAAGAGGCUGCGUCGUUACCAGGAAGGCAAAGCAGACACAGAACAGUGUCCCACGGGGCCGGCGGUGCUUCCCAGAGAGAACUUCGCGUCCACUGUCCCUCGCAUGGACCCUUCGAGAACUACGGCUGGGCGGACGAAGUGGACACUGUGUCGGCCAAACGUACCUUCAACGUCGGCGCCUCCACGACGGAGGUCUAUCCCUCGGCUCUGAUGGCAGCAAGGCUGAGACAUCGUUCGCCAACGCCGCCACCAAAGAGGAAGACCUUUCGGCCACAAAGGCCGCGAUCGGCACCGCCGAAAGCACACCACCACGUCUGGAUCUCGGAAUACAGGGACCAGUACCAGUGAAACCGGCAUACUGUCGAUUCGCCCGCCACUGUAACAGCGGUUGUACUUAGUAACCUAGUGACUGCCGCGACCAGAUACUGGUGGGGUCUAUUUUUUCAAGUAAAGGAGUAUUUACACCUCCGAUGGUCGCGCGGCACCCCAGGUUUAUGGAGCGUCUGCAACCUUUACGGAGACAUGUUGGAAAAACAAUUUGCACUGCACGAUAAAACUUGCAGUACCUCCAAGCUUUGUUUCAACCUAGAAUGAUCCUCACGUGAAGCACGCGAGCACACAGGGAAAGGAGACCGAGUGUGCAGGCGAGCUGGUGAACACUUGACAUGACUGAACUUUACCCCGGGCUCAGUUAUGUCGAGCUUGUAUGCUCCACUUCAUCUUACAAUGUACCGCAAUAGAUGCUACGAGCCAUGCCAGCGAAUUCUACACUGUGAACGUAUCAUCUGGCUAUGUGCCUAGAGAGCACAUGAGCUCGCGGUUGUAGCCCUGAUAGUGGGUCAUGCUAAGCUGAGACUGAGUGUAGGUCGACAGCAUCACUGCCAUUUUAUACUGUCACAAAAUUGCACCUCUCUGGAAUUUCGUCAUGCCGGUUAAUGUGGUGUACUGGUUAGACAUGCAUUUGAAGGCUGAAAAGGUGAGAGGCAUAUGGAAUUCACCAUAGAAAAGCCAUGUCUGCGCUCCAUGGUGGGUGGAACAGCUUCAAAAAACGAGGACGAUAAAAGGAAUAGACACGACAGGACAACAGCUGUUCUUUUUAUCGUCCUCCUUUUUUGAAGCCGUUACACCCACCAUGUCAAAAUUCUACCAACUCGUCCAGUUCAACACCUUGUUACAGUCUAUGCUACAUCUUGACCAUAUAUAUUGUAACCUUGGCGUGUAAGCUUGGUAGCCUACAAAUGCGCCAGUCUGGUGCAGGUUCAGAAUUACAGUACAAACCCCAACCACAAAGCUCUGUUCACUGCAACUGACAGUUCUCUCCAAUCAGAGGGAAAGAAUGGAGGGUUUGGUGGGAGGAGCCGUUCCCACUUUUCUUGACCUGCAACAGACUACCAUUUGUGAUCAAUGUUUACACGAGGUAACUUAACAACCAGACAGAACCAAAAGGUGCGAGUUUCCGAGGAAACCGUGUUCCAUGUGCAUUAUUUAAGACCCUGCAAGCGCGUGUCAAAAUUGUGCUCUAAAGAGUGACGGACCAGCACAAAACGAUAAUGUCUGGCUUUAACACACACCAGUCAUCUGCAAAUACCAAAGUAUAUUUUUUUCUAAGCACAUAAACAAUGCAAAUAUCCUAGCCAUGUCCUCCCUUUGGUAGCAUUUUACAACAAAAUAGGCAGGGAUAUUUUUGUACCACUGCCUCUCUGUAUUUACUACGCGUUUUUUUUUAUUAGCCUUUAUAAGAUAUGAUGCCAAUACUUCAAAGUGCCAGCCAGUAACCCAGAAACAAGUUUUUUUCCUUCUUUUUAUUAUUUUUGUUAGCUGUAAAGCAGCACAGUGCACAGGAAAGUGAGUUUCAAGCUCUGUCAAAUAAAAAUAAUUCCAAAACUAUUAAAAAUAAUAUUUUAUUUUUUGUGCGAGAAGUUGAACCAGAAAAGUUGUUCGUGCGAGAUUGUGACUAUGCCAAUGAGUUAUUUAUUCCGCUUGCGUGUUUUAUACUAGAACAAACGCCUACCGUCCAUCACCAUACAGAGUUUGAUAAUAAACGACUUUUCUUUUUA